AUGGCCCCCAUUCGCCUGGCCGCUGCGUCUCUGACGCGGGCUGCUUCGAUCGCCCGUUUGCCUCUGCGCACGUCUUGUCGGACGUCGCUGGCCGCCCCUGCGCUGCUUUGGUCGGCGCCCCGGUUCUCCUCGACCUCGUCCGACCCCCUGAUCGUCGUCACCGACCUGCCCGCCCCCGGCUCCGGCCACAUCCGCAUCCUCGAGCUCAACCGCCCCGCCGCGCGCAACGCCAUCUCCAAGGCGCUGCUGGCCGCCCUGCGCGAGCAGGUCGACGACGUGGCGCAGCAGUACGACGACGCCGGCCGGGAGGUGACGCGCGUCACCGACGCCAAGAGCCUGGGCCCCACGCGCGCGCUCGUCGUCGCCAGCGCGGUCGACAGCUGCUUCUGUGCGGGCGCGGACCUCAAGGAGCGCAAGACGUUUACGGCCGAGGACACGGCGCGCUUUCUGGGCAGCCUGCGCGGCACGCUGACGGCGCUGCAGGCGCUGCCGAUCCCGACCAUCGCGGCCGUGUCGUCGCUGGCGCUGGGCGGCGGGCUGGAGCUGGCGCUGGCGACGCACAUGCGCGUGCUGACGUCCAACGCGGUGGUGGCGCUGCCGGAGACGCGGCUGGGCAUCAUCCCCGGCGCGGGCGGCACCUACCGGCUGCCGAUGCUGAUUGGCAUGGCCCGCGCGCGCGACCUGGUGCUGACGGGCCGGCGCGUGUCGGCCCCCGAGGCGUACUUUCUGGGCAUUGCCGACCGCCUGGUGGAGGUGAUUCAGGAGCCGCCGGCCGAGGAAAAGGAGCAGAGCGAGCAGAGCGAGGAGGACAAGCAAAAGGCGCAGCUGGACCUGCUCGACACGGCGCGGCGGGCGGCGCUGAGCGAGGCGGUGCGGCUGGCCGAGGAGAUUUGCGAGGGCGGCCCCAUUGCCAUCCGGGCGGCGCUGCAGGCGGUGCAGUUCCCGGCAGAGACGGUGGAGAACAAGAUGUACGAGCGGGUGGUGGCGACGGAGGACCGCAACGAAGCGCUCAAGGCCUUUGGCGAGAAGCGGCGGCCCGAGUUCAAGGGGCGCUGA